UCCCUCGAUGCUCAUUGGUGAACGGUGUGGGACUGCCGGAGCGCGGGCGUCGGCGCGGGCGUUCGAACCGGCGCUUGGCGACGUUGCCAUGGGGAUGAGGCCUGGCAGCAGGCUCCAGCUUGUGACCAGAGAGGGCUCCGGUCGCCCGCCUUGGGUCUCUCUCCUCUCAGCGUUGUCUUCAGUCUUCAGACAAGGUUGACCGAGGAGGAAUUUGGAAGCCUCCGAGAGUUUAUAGAAACCCGUUCACAAAAAUGACAUCCUGGUUGUAUGAAUGUCUUUGUGAAGCUGAACUAGCACAGUAUUAUCCUCAUUUUACUGCCCUUGGCCUUCAGAAAAUAGAUGAAUUAGCCAAUGUUACAAUGAAGGACUACUCCAAAUUGGGAGUCCAUGACAUGAACGACCGCAAACGUCUCUUCCAACUUAUCAAAAUCAUUAAGAUUAUGCAGGAAGAAGAUAAAGCAGUCAGUAGCCCAGACUCUCGUCUUCAGACAAGCAAUCUGUGUGUCAAGCCUCAGAAAUCCAGAUCUGGCCCUCGAAGGCAACUGCAUUUUGAUUCUCCUGCUGACAACAAAGACAGAACUACCAGCAACAAUCAGUUUGAACUGUGUGAUUUAUCAGAUUUUUCUGCAAGUGAACAGAAGUCUAACUACAUAAAAGUACUGGAGCACAUGCUACCAGAUGAUUCCCAGUACCAUAUACAAACAAGAAUUCUGAAUGCCGCAGCCGCUGAUUCCAACAUACAAAAAGCAGCUAAGAUUUCACCCUUUUCAUCGAAUCACUUUUCUCCAGUACAAGGGGAUUGUGAUAGUUCAGUUAUUCAAAGAGUCUCUCAUGUUUCCGGGUAUAACUACGGAAUCCCUCAUUCCUAUGUCAGUAGGAGCCAGAGUUUCAGAACCCUGAGAAACUCCCUCACCAACUUGAAGCUUCCUGUUAGUGAGUCAUCCCUAUCCGAAGAGCAUUCUCUUUGGAUACCUCAAAUUAGACAGAACACUUCAGAGAAAGAGAAUCCUUGGACGGAGAUGGAGAAAAUCAGAGUUUGUGUUCGAAAACGCCCUCUGGGCAUGAGGGAGGUACGUCGUGGAGAAAUCAACAUUAUUACUGUGAAAGAUAAAGAAACUCUACUUCUUCAUGAGAAGAAAGAAGCAGUUGACCUCACACAGUAUAUUCUACAGCAUGUUUUUUAUUUUGAUGAAAUCUUUGAUGAGGCGUGCACUAAUCAAGAUAUUUACAUGAAGACUACUCACCCACUCAUUCAGCAUAUUUUCAAUGGAGGCAAUGCCACUUGCUUCUCAUAUGGACAGACAGGUGCUGGAAAGACCUAUACCAUGAUAGGAACUCAUCAGAACCCAGGACUGUAUGCUCUGGCUGCCAGAGACAUCUUCAGACAACUGGAAGUGUCCCAGCCAAGAAGGCAUCUUUUUGUGUGGAUCAGCUUCUAUGAAAUCUACUGUGGACAGCUUUAUGACCUUCUAAAUAGAAGAAAAAGGCUCUUCGCAAGAGAAGAUAGCAAGCACGUAGUACAAAUAGUGGGACUUCGAGAGCUUCAGGUGGAUAGCGUGGAGCUCCUCUUAGAGGUGAUCCUCAAGGGCAGCAAGGAGCGCAGCACCAGGGCCACUGGAGUUAAUGCAGACUCCUCUCGCUCUCACGCUAUCAUCCAAAUUCAGAUCAAAGAUUCAGCCAAGAGGACAUUUGGCAGGAUCUCUUUCAUUGACUUGGCUGGCAGUGAAAGAGCAGCGGAUGCCAGAGACUCAGAUAGACAGACAAAGAUGGAAGGCGCGGAAAUAAACCAGAGUCUUCUGGCUCUGAAGGAAUGUAUCCGUGCAUUGGAUCAGGAACACACCCACACUCCUUUCAGGCAAAGCAAAUUAACUCAGGUGCUGAAGGACUCUUUCAUUGGCAAUGCCAAAACCUGCAUGAUCGCCAACAUCUCACCAAGCCACGUGGCCACUGAACACACUCUGAAUACUUUGCGCUAUGCUGACCGGGUCAAAGAACUAAAGAAAGGCAUUAAAUGUUGCACUCCAGCUAACAGUCGAAAUCGAACAUCUGGAAAUUCUUCUAACGCUUCUCCAAAACGAAUUCAGAGCUCUCCUGUGGCCUUGCCAGGGGACAAAUAUUCUCCCAAAAAAGUCAAGCUGGGGCUUCAGCAGCCUCUCACAGUGCCAUCUGGCUCCAUGAGAGGGAAGGCCCAUCCUCUGGCUAGUCACCCAGCCAAUAUCCCUUUUGCUUCUGUACCUAAGGUUCCUGGCAGAGAGGGUGGCUCUCGAGGGAGUCCUCCCCGAGAGUGGGUCAUUCAGACUAGCUCUAGCAAAGGAACCAUGCUGUCUGGACAUGUAGCCAUAAAAAGGGCAGAAGAAUCAGCUGCAUUAUGCUCUGAGAAAAACCCAAUUGGCAACAAAACCACCCUAGGCUGGGGAAGCAGGGCGCCAGGCCCAGGAGGAGACCUGGUCCAUGGUAAGCCGCCCUCCCGGUGCAAGAAAGUGCAGACUGUGCAGCCUGUGCAGAAGCAGCUUGUGUCUCGAGGCGCGCUCUCCUUUGGCAGCGCCCAGCGCUUAGUGGAGUACGGUCAGGGCAGCAAGGUGGGUGCGCUGAGCUGGCCUGCCUCUGAAGCUUGGACCAACAACAUCCCUGUGCAGCAGGAGGCAAGGGAGGAGCAUUUGCGCUUUUACCACCAGCAAUUCCAGCAGCCACCUCUCUUCCAGCAGAAGUUACAUUACCAACCCCUGGCAAGGUUUUUAUGCCCGUCCCGGCCCCCAGAGGGACAGCUCCAGAGUGACAUCCCUCCUCCCUUCCACCCUCAUUGUGCUGAGAGUCAUGAUGGAGCCCAAGUACCCCAAGCCGAGGACCCUGAUGACAGCGACUUCAGUGAAGAUUCUUUUUCACAUGCCUCCUGUCAAAGGACCACAAAGCAGGGAAAGAACCCGGAGAACAGUGAAGGCUCGUUCUUCCUUCAUCAGAGGGAGCAAGGUCCUGAGGAGCAGGUGGCUGAAAGGCAGCAGAGUCUGUUUUUCAGCCCAGAUGGUGACGAGGAGGGUGUAACUAGAAGCUGGGUAUACUCCAGGGACCCCGCAGGCCACAGAAGGAUAGCACUCGAUCACGGCUGCAGCCCAGGUCAGGUGCCCUUGGACUGGAGUGGAGAGGAGGACUCAGACUCCUCAGGGCCUCCUCCCAGAGAAGACCUGGCAGGGAAGCCUUACUGCUCACAGAUAGACUCUGUAUAUGAUCGGGAAAGAGGUGGCGGCCCUGCUUUUGACCUCAGACAGGAAGCCUUCAGAAGUGAGGUUCCUGGGCAGGCCGAGGGCAGCUUGCCAUCCCUGGAGGAAGAUGGUUUCACUUGCUCACUAUCCCACAUCGCAGUUCCUGGAUCCCCAGACCAGAGAGACACAGUGAGCACACCCCUGAGAGAAGUCAGUGAGGACAGCCCAAUUCUGGAGACCAGAACAAUGAAAAACAGUAACCCUUUCCAAGGAGACGACUCGAAAGGUGAAUUAGGCGCAUGCUCUGAGUAUGCUUCUGCACUGAUGGCCCCACUCACCAUGUCCCUCCUGGAGAGCCUGGAUGAUGGGGGGGCUCCUUCCUGGGAGCAGCCGGCCCAGGAUGGAACCGCGCGUGGUCUCGUGGCAGUGGACACAGAGGGGCCAGCAGUGGGCCACACAGUGUCAUCGGGCGACCCAGAGGCAGUCCUGCCAACGUCUUCCGCAACCCAGCAAAUGUGGCUCUCCUCAUCUCCCCCCGACGACAAGCCUGGGGGCAGUCUUCCAGCUCUGUCCCCAUCACCCAUCCGUCAGCACCCACCUGACGAGCUGCCCAGCGGGGAGGCUGACCCAGGGCAGGCCUGCCAGAGCAGAGGGACCACACUCUUCUCCCGGGGGCACCGUGAUGCCAAUGCUGAGACAGAGCUGGACAGCUCCCAGGGUUUCCUGGGAAAGCCCUUCCUCACCUUACAUCCUGGAGGACCCCACGCUGGGCCUACACUCACCCCCCGAGCAGGAAAUAGUGAUGUGGCUGACCAGCCCGGGGCCCAGGAGAGAAAGCAGCCGACUGGGCCCAGUUGGCCGGAACUGGGUUUCUCCACAGACCCCAUCACACUGUCUUGCUACAAAGAGGACAUUGCAUGGCUCAAACAUAGGCCAAUCCCAAGGUCCUUAGCAAGGCCAGGCUCUCCCCUGGCGGCCAGCUGCUUUCCCGAGACCGCCGGGACACUCCGUCAGCCUGCCCUGGGACAUGCACAGCAGGUGGUCAUCCAAGCACACCAGGAACAGCUGGAUGAAAUGGCUGAGUUAGGCUUCAAGGAGGAGACCCUGAUGAGCCAGCUGGCUCCUACUGAUUUUGAAGGUUUUGUGAUCCAGCUAGAUGAAAUCAUGGUUCUGAAGUCCAAGUGCAUCCAGAGUCUGAGGAGCCAGCUACAGCUAUACCUGGCCUGCCACAAGCCAGCUGCAGGCCCCGAGAGGACAGCGGUGUCUUAGAGUGGAGUUGGUACGGGGUGGCUGGGCUCUCAAGAGCUGGAGGGGCCUCCACCAGGUCCCCCUGCAGAUCUCGGCACCCACUCCCUUGUCCCGCCCAUGCUGGUCUCUCCCUCACCACUCAUGGCCUGGGCUGGGUCCCAGCUCCUCUCUCCGAGCGAGCAUCUGUCCAGUUCCAAGCACAGGGGCUUCUGCAAGGAAGGACAGAUGAGCCUGAACAACUUCUAAUAGAUCUCUCCCUUUUCUUUGGGGUUGAGGAUUUGCAUUACUGACCCUUUGUGGAAACACAGUUGGGUCUAAUAACCCUGUAGAUGUUUCUGAAUUUGGGGGUCUGAGGAUGGGGCGGGGGUGGUCAGCAGUAACUUACAGGUUGGAGGUCGCAAGCUAGGGGAGAGAACAUGCUGAGCCUAGAGGUUUUACCAGCCGGAUUCUGUGCCUUCCUCCAGGACUUGGUCAAAAACUAAAACGCUGGUGCUAGUGGGGUGACGGCUGGGUGAGAUCUGCCCCACCAGCCCUCGGGAGGUUAGCUUUUGAAAAUGUAAAAUGAAUAAACCGUAACUCGAUGUCUAACAGGA